UAUUCCCUCAUUUUUCCAAAAAGUGAAUUGACAAGAAGAGUCCCUUUUCUCCUUAAAUUCUAUGAAUCUCUCUUUUACAUUUCAUUUCAUAGCUACAAACCUUGUUAAACAAACAGAGGGAAAAAAAUCCAAUUUAGAGGAUGAUGAGAAACAAAAACCACCAUUUCCUUCUCAUAUGUUUCCCUUCUCAAGGCUACAUAAACCCUUCCCUCCAACUCGCCAUCCGCCUCGCAAACCUUGGCGUCGCCGUCACUUUUGCCACCACCGUCACCGCCAGUCGUCGUAUGAACAAAACCGAACCGCCACCGUCGCCUUCACCACGUCUCUCCUUUGCCACUUUCUCCGACGGCUUCGACGACGAAACCCUCAAACCCAACGCCAACGACCUCGCCCACUACUUCUCCGAGCUCAACCGGUGCGGUUCCCAAUCUAUGACCGACCUCAUCACCUCCUCCGCACACAACGGUCGUCCGAUCACUUUCGUCAUCUACAGCCUCCUCCUCAGUUGGGCGGCUGAUGUUGCUUCCACGUUCGGAAUCGCCUCCUCUCUUUUCUUCGCUCAACCCGCCACAGUUCUAGCUUUGUAUUACUAUUACUUCCACGGCCAUGGUGAUGCCAUCUCCACACAAUUGCUCCAGAAAGACCCCUCCUUUUCCAUACAACUACCGGGUCUGCCAUCGCUCACUGCUCGGGACUUCCCCUCUUUCUUCUCCCCUUCUGGGCCACUCGCUUUUUUCAUCCCUCUAAUGAGAGAGCAGCUAGAGUUUCUUGGACGACAGGGUCGGGCAAGAGUACUGGUGAACACGUUCCACACGUUGGAAGGAGAGGCCUUGGGAGCGAUCGGUGAGUUGAAAAUGGUGGCGGUGGGGCCGUUGAUCCAGCGUGGUUCGAUCCGGGGUGAUCUUUUUCAGGUCACGUCUGAAGAUUAUAUAGAAUGGUUGAGCUCUAAGGCGGAGUCGUCGGUGAUUUACAUAUCUUUUGGGUCUAUUUGCGUGUUGUCUGAUCAACAAGAGGAAGAAAUUGUUGGUGCUUUGUUUGAGUGUGGGUACACGUUCUUGUGGGUUAUAAGAUCCAAGGAGAAUGAAGAUCAAGAGGAGGAGGAUGAGAGGAUUAUGAAGAAAUUUGGAGGGAAAGGGAAGAUUGUGAGGUGGUGCGAUCAAGUUCAAGUCUUGAGCCACCCUUCUUUGGGUUGUUUUGUGACGCACUGUGGUUGGAAUUCGACUUUAGAAAGCUUGGUUUAUGGAGUGCUGAUGGUUGGUUUUCCACAGCAGGUGGAUCAGGCCACGAAUGCAAAGCUUGUGGAGGAUGUAUGGAGGACAGGGGUGAGGGUGAAGCCCAAUGCAAAAGGGAUUGUGGAGAGGGGAGAAAUUAGGCGUUGUUUGGAUAUUGUUAUGGGGGAUACAAGUUUGGAAAAGAGAGGAGAGAUGGAGAGAAAUGUCAAAAAGUGGAAAGAAUUGGCUAGAGAAGCUAUUGGUGAAGGUGGGUCCUCGGAUGUGAAUCUUGAGUCUUUUGUUAUGGAGAUUGAUGGAGAUGGUUGCAUUUAGAAACAAUAUAAAAAACAAUAAAGAAGAAAGAGUUUGUGUAACUAAAUUUGUAAUAAAUUUUAAUUUCAUAUUUUAGA